AUCAUCAAAAUUAACCAAAAUAAAAAACCUGUGACCUAGCAGCUAUAGUUCCGCGCAUUUUCUCGUUCCUGUUUACGGUUCUGAGCUUGGAUUAACGAGACCAUGGCGGACGAUUUUGAUGACGCGGGAGGCAUGGAGGAGCCAAUGGACCUUGGCGAGGAGCCAGCCCUCGAAGAUUUCGCUGGCGAAGCACAUGAAGGCGACGGAAACAUUGAUAUACUUGAUAACCAAGAGCAGCAGCAGCAGCAAGGGGGGGGCCAGCGACAAAGAAUCACCACGCGUUACAUGACUAAAUAUGAAAAAGCGCGAGUGCUUGGAACCCGAGCACUACAAAUUAGCAUGAACGCACCCGUCAUGGUGGAACUGUCUGGGGAGACCGACCCGCUCGAGAUCGCCAUGAAGGAGCUUCGGGAAAAGAAGGUACCAUUUACAAUCCGACGGUAUCUGCCCGAUGGAAGCUACGAGGACUGGAGCAUCAGUGAGCUGGUGGUUCCAGAUUGAGGACUCGGCUCCACGGGGGCCCUGCUUUGGCGCCGCGGCAGCAGCUGUGAACCUCGUUCAUACCUGUUGCAAUUCCGAAAGUGCUGACAAGGGUCUGAAGCCAAACUGUGACAGCGGUACCGGGCCUGCAGACCAGAGAUGUGGCGCUAUCUCGAUUAACUGAGGGGCCUUGGCCUUGGUGUACAGAACAUAACAUGCAUUAGCGGGUACAGCAAGAGCUGUAGCGGCGCUAGGAAGUCGGGUGGGGUGUGGGUUGAGAAUCGACGACGGAAGUGCUGCAGGGCCUGGCAGGGCGUGGGAGGGAGCUGCACAUUGGGUCCUGUCCCGGACGCGCAUUGAGGGGUUGACGGUGCUAGUUCGAUAUAGGUUAAGGCCUGGGUCUGGGUGGGCCUUACCCAUCUUCCGAACUCGUGAGACGCAUCGUCAGGAGGAGCUCCAAUGCGGUUCCUGCUGCUUGGCGCUAGUUAUCAAUUAAACCGCGUGCAACGACUUGAGAGUUUGGAUGAGGAAAUAGCAGUCCCGUCUUCAAAAGGUGCAAUCGCUGAAACUCGCGCCAAUAGCUUUGGAACUUUGGUGUUUGGAUCCGCAAAACGGAUUAUGAGGCCGGUAAUUAUGGAUUCAUUAUCCAAGGGGCCUUCCGGACAGGAGUUGUAGCGUAUUGGAGUACUUGAGCUUGGUACGACAUGGCCGCG